AGUGGGGACCGAGUCUGGCGUUGGCCUUGAUGCGGUGACGGAGCUCGAGCCGCCGCUGCGAAAAGUACGUAGUCUUUAGCGGCUGCACAAUGUGGAAAAGCAUCGCCACUUGGCUCGUCGUCUACGCAAUUGCCUUCUUCUACACGUGGCUCCUGGCCCUGUCCUAUCUUUGGAAAUAUGUGACCAACCCCGGGGUCAAGUUUUGGCGCGUCCAGCGCCGGGACACGCCGCCCGACUGCCUCACCAACCCCGACUACGGACAACAUUCGUACAUUCAGCUCAAAGACGUGAAAUUGCACUAUGUGGAGAAAGGCGAUAAAUCUAAGGAGCUGAUGCUCUUCGUGCACGGAUUCCCUGAGUUCUGGUACUCGUGGCGCAACCAGAUCAAAGAGUUUUCCAAGGACUAUUGGGUCGUUGCGAUCGACCUUCGGGGCUACGGCGACUCGGAAAAACCACGAGGCACCGCCGCGUACAGUCUAAACACGCUGGUAGACGACUUGCGGCAACUUGUUUUGGCGCUGGGCAAGAAGGACUGCAUUUUGGUGUCCCAUGACUGGGGCGCGGUCAUCUCUUGGUACUUUGUCAUGACGAACCCACAGCUUGUUUCCAAAUACAUUGUUAUGAACCUGCCCUUCCCUGAGGUCAUAAAGAGCCACCCCUCCAUUAAACAGUUUUUCAUGUCCUGGUACAUGUUUUUCUUCCAACUGCCAUUUUUGCCAGAGUUGUUUGUGAGCAGUUACGACUUUGCUGGUUUUCCAGCAAUGCUCCGAGCUGGCAAAGGAAUCAACUCUAAAGUCACAGCCGAAGACGUCGAAGCUUUUAAAUAUACUUUCGGAAAGCCAGGUGCAUUGACCCCACCGAUCAACUUCUACAGAAGAAAUAUAUUCUCAGAGAGCGGCGCUAAAGGCUUGACCCGAAAACCCAAGACAAUGCCACCCGGCCUUCUAAUCUUUGGCGAAGGGGACAAAUAUUUAGAUAUAAGAGGGGUAGAGCUCUCCAAGAAUUAUGUUCCGAAGCUUCAGACAAAAAUCAUCAAACGAGGGAACCACUUUGUGCAACAAGACGAACCUGAAGCCGUCAACGAGGCCAUGCGAGAGUUUUUGAAAUCAUUUUAAGACCAAACGAAUCAAUCAUUUUAAUAACAAUAAUUGCACCUCAUAAUGAAUUAUAUAUUGCCAUUUAAAGAUAGUCUUUGUGAUCAUCUCAACGUGGAAAAUAAAUUUGUUUAGUUAAAAAUAA